GCCAGCUCAACGUUAACUUGUGCCACAAACCGCACGCAAACUUGUCCUACUUGACGUACCGUACAGUGAAUUCCAUAUCGAGACACCGGUUAUUUGGAGGAUAAGUGUAGAUGACUAUCGACUCGCGUUCACGGCCGUGGAAUGAAGCACCGCAUACCGCCGCAUUGGUAGUACGACGCGCAUCAAACAAGGCUGAGCAUUCGACACAUUCCAGACCGCGAGUGCAGAACCCUGCGCGCAACGAUGGAGGAUCCAGAGCAAAUCACUUGCCCAUUCUGUGGCUUCAGAGCAGAAGGAGACUACCAAAUUAUGCUCCACAUGGAGACCUUACACCCAGAGAACGGAGAGUCUCCUUUCGUGGCCAAGGAAAACGCGAGUAUUGCAGCACUGGUUUCACUUCAAGAUGAAGAGGAUGUGCAAUACGUUAAUUGUCCUGUGGAUGGUUGUGGCGAAGCUCUCCUAUUGACGGAGCUCGAUAACCAUAUCGAGAUGCACGAAGAGGAACAGAGCCAUAGUCCAGGCGAAUCCGACGAGUCAAGCCGUUCACCGAAAAGGCUGAAGAUUGAGCCUCGAGUUGAAGCAUCUUUUGACACCAAAUUAUCGUAUGCCCUCCGAAAUUUGGACGAGGAUGACGGACAUUUGGCCCACGAAAAGUCUUCACAUGAUGUUCAGACGGCAGCAAAGAAUACCUGGAAGAGCAUCCUGAAGAUGCCCGAUUCUGCCUCAAAAGCCGAAAGUAAAGUCGUACCAAUAGCCAACAGCAGCAAGAAACGUCUGGGUAAAUCCGAAAUUGGUCCCCAUGCACACGAAAAGCAGAUGCCGGCAUGGUUAGUAAAACUACUAGAAGAGGACGGUGCUUUGAAGAUGGGUAAUAGGCUGGACAGCGGUGGUAAAAUUCGAAGAGUCCAAUAUUCCCCCAAUCAAACUGCCGGCAUCGUCCCUGUCCUGGCACAACUUCUCGAACAAAAUGAGACUACCUCAUACGCAUAUCUAUGUGAUCCAGCUGUUAAGCAUGUCUCAAAAUUGAGAAGAGAAGGCGGAUUCUGCGGUUAUCGAAAUAUCCAAGUGCUGUGUUCCUACAUCAUAGGCACCAGGUCUCAGGGCCACGACUCGUUCGGUGACAAGGUACCAACUAUAUUCGACAUUCAAGAAUACAUCGAAUCUGCCUGGGAUAUUGGCAUCAAUUCUCAGGGUCGUAUCGAGACUGGGGGAAUUCGUGGCACAAGGAAGUACAUCGGCACACCUGAUGCUCAAGCAAUGUUCUGUGUCUUAGGUAUAGCAUGCAGUGCCCAAGCAUUCAAACCAAAGAAGGGAAGCAACUCUCAGCCGGGAUCCGAACUUCUCUUCACCGCCAUCGAAAACUACUUCAUAAACGGCUGUACAGAUUACGACCCUAAAGUCCGGCGUACAUCUUUGCCGCCGAUCUACUUCCAGCAUCCCGGUCACUCAAUGACGAUCGUUGGUUUUGAGAAGCAGAAAGAUGGCUCAAGGAAUAUCAUCGUCUUUGAUCCUAUGUUUCACGAUGCUGCCGAUGUCACCAAGCUCAUUGGAACCGAGUUCACUCACAGGUAUCCUGGGGAUUUACUGAAGGCUUAUCGACGUGGCGUAAAGUAUUUGAGAAGAUACGGCGAGUUUGAGAUACUCAAAUUGACCCCUCCAAAGAAUCAGCAAAGCGGCGAAGAGCGUGGAUAAAGACCAGAAAGAUCAGCAUAGAUUGGCGUUUUGCAAAGGAGCUUUGUGAAGCAUGUCAUAUUAGCGCAUUAGUAGCAUUUCAGCGGGGGCCGGUGAAGAAUGCAUGACUUGGGGUUUUGGUGCAUUCAAUGGAGUUGGUUUGCGGUGGAUAGCAAUGUAUAACAUGAGCAGUCAUCGCAAAAUCCAGAC